AUGGUUGCGCCAACUUCCUGUUUAUCACAACUACGUAUGGUGGAUUGCAACAUCGUGAGCCGCUGCUGGCGUUUUCAUUCACAUUAGUACUGAGACAGAUUUGAGAUUCUACUGAGGUACCGCCUUGCAAAUUGAUUCCUGUAGCAUUACAGCCAUAGCCAUGGUUGCCAAUUAAACUUGAUGACUUGACGUCAAGGAAACGCGAGCAGGCCGUUACGGAUCCUGGACGUUUCCUGAGUAGCUGACCGCAGUGUUCCCGGGCGGUGAAAGGUCUUGCCGCUCCACCUCCCGUCUGAAACGCAAACCACCACCUGAGAGCUGCAGGAUUGCUGAACGAAUUUACGAGGUUGUAGUAGCUUUACAUAUAUGUGUAGUACAUGAGUCUAAUAGCACCACUUAGGCGUUUGAGGAUAACUAGUACCAGUUAGCUAGCGGUAACUGGACUGGAACUCCUGGCCGGCCGUACGAGUCGUGUCAGUUUGUUUUGAAAGCGAAACAGGUCGCCGGUGCCCUGAAUUCCGAAAGACCUUCCGGCACUGGCCCCUUCAAGAGGGCAGUCAGGAAGAGACUGGCUGGGAAGGGAUGGCCUGGUCGGUCUCACCGUUCCAGCGGACAAGGAGCUGCGGUGUUUGAAGGCAAUCGAGUACGGCUAGAGCCGCGCAACGCGGCUCGAGGCAGAAUGAUGGCCGCCUCCCCCUCCGUGGCCGGUGGCUUCAAGGCUACUGGGCUGUCGGCCAGAAAGGGCGAAGAAAUAAUGGAUUUGAUCGACUUAUUUUCCAAGACCCAGUACAGAGCAAAGGAAGUCACUCCUCGGAUGGAGUCAAUAGAAACCUGUUGUUUGGAGUUGUUUGCCAAAGAUUACAAGUACAGUGUAAUCCAUAAUGCCAAUGGUGAAGUGUGUGGCCAUUACCCACGGCGGAUAGUGUUCCUGGAGUAUGAAUGCACAGAUGUUGAUCGAGACAGGUUUGAGAGCACAGUGCAGAUCAGUAAGCUUCAAGAUUUGGUGAACCGGAGUAAACUGGCCCGAUGCAGAGGGCGCUUCGUCUGUCCAGUCAUUUUCUACAAUGGCAAGCACAUUUGUCGUUCGUCCACUCUGGCAGGCUGGGGGGAACUCUAUGGACGCACAGGCUAUAAUUACAUCUUUUCUGGGGGCAGUGAUGAUACAUGGGCAGACUCUGAGGAGAUUCCAGAGGAUGACUGUGGAGUCAGGAAUGGGGACUCACAGCUUUUUGAUAAGGUCCGAGGCCACGACAUUAAGCUCCUCCGGUACUUGUCCGUUCGCUACAUCUGCGACCUUAUGGUGGAGAACAAGAAGGUUAAGUUUGGCCUGAAUGUGACAUCUUCUGAGAAGGCUGACAAAGCCCAACGCUAUGCAGACUUCACUUUGCUCUCUGUGCCUUACCCUGGGUGUGAAUUUUUUAAAGACUACAAAGACCGAGACUACACAGCUGAGGGACUUGUGUUCAACUGGAAUCAGGACUAUGUGGAUGCUCCCUUGACGAUCCCUGAGUGCUUCACCAAGAACUUAAACAUUGACUGGGCUCAGUACCAGUCGUGGGACCUGGUGGAACAGACGCAGAACUACCUGAAGCUACUUCUACACAUCAUCAACAGUGAUGAUGAAAGUGGCCUUCUUGUGCACUGCAUAUCAGGCUGGGACCGAACACCUCUGUUUGUUUCGCUCCUCAGGCUGUCUCUUUGGGCAGAUGGUGCGGUACACAGCAGUCUGGAAGCGGCUGAGAUCUUAUAUCUGACCAUUGCUUAUGACUGGUUCCUCUUUGGUCACAUGCUGCCAGACCGACUCUCCAAGGGGGAGGAGAUUUUCUUUUUUUGCUUCAAUUUUUUGAAGCAUAUUGUCUCAGAGAAGUUCUCUGCUGUUAAAAAACACAGAAGGAAGAACUCUCACUGCAAAGAUGGUGAUUUUACAGUCGAGGACCUUUGCCAGUUAAAGUCCAGGGACCGUGGAAGUGUGACAAGUCUGAGCAGUGACUUUUCCCUCAUCACCGAGGAAGUGGGUGUGACUUCCAGCUUCACGAGUGACACUGUGGACCUCUUCUGCGGCCAGCCUUCACUUUCAACUUGGAAAAAAGGCACCGCCUCCUCUCCUCAAAUGGUUGUAUGGAGCAAACAAAACCCUCUGGAUGAACAGCUCCCACACCCCCACAGUGAGGCUCGGUCUUCCAGUUCAUCCUCCUCCAAUCACUCAGAACACGGCAUCACGCGCACGGGAAGCAGCCCUUUGGCUGUACCCAGCCGAAGGUUUGCAGCAGACUACAAUCGAUCCGGGUCUUCGCUGUCUACAGAGUAUGGUAGUUGGCAGAUUGUCUCUGGUUGUGGUAGCAUCCAUGAUCAUCCUCCCUAUCAGCCACCGCUGGCUUCGGCCUCCACCACCUCGUCUGCUCUGGCUGCUCCCUACGACUCCCUCCUGCCCUUCAGCUUUCAGGAGGAAGGACCCAACGGACGACUGUGUCCCUUUCCCUCGGAACGUCAAGCCCGUCUAGAAGCUGUGCGGGAAAUCUUCCUGGCAGCCUACAGUUCUACAGUGGGUCUGAAGUCUGUCGCGUCCAGUCCUUCUGGUGCCAUCACAGGCCUGCUUGAGCAGUUCGCCCGUGGUGUCGGCCUCCGAAGUACCAACACUCUUGUCUAAUUUCAGUGUGAUUGCUGAGUGAGAGCGAUGUUUCAUCAAAUCCAUCCAUCAAAUUAUUUAUGGACUACAAUAAAGUGCCAAACAUCCCUUGUGCAGGGGAUUUUUACUUUCGUAUUACAUGUGAAUUUGAGUCUCAAUCUUUUCCUCAAUAGUUUAAUCUGUUUUGGCUUGUUCAUCCAAUACAAGGAGGGAGGUUUUUUUGUUUUUGUUUUUUUUGGUCUGCAUCAAAAUGCCACCGUGAGAAAAGGCUUACAGCAUGGUUUUGCUUGUUCCCUUCCACUCUACGUCGUAUUAUAAUAUCCAAAACCUAUUCCCAUGAAGUUGGGACGUCAAAACAGAAUACAGUAAUCCCUCGUUUUUGGCGGUCAAUGGGGACUAUAAACCCCGCGUGAAAAGUGAAAACCACGAGGUAGGAUUUGCCCAUCCCGUAGGAAUUUUCGUGUAUGUGGCUAGCAGCAUAUUUAAAAUACGUAAACAGUAUUUAUGCUUUACAUAUUUGAGAAGAAGAUUACAACAGUACAUAUAUUUGCCGUAAAACAUACAGUCAUUAACGUCAUCAACAUUGCAUUCUGAGAGAGGCGAAGAGGCUUGUGUUGGUGGCGGUGUCUGUUCACGCUGAGACUCUUCUGCUGGAGGCGCUGACGGUGUCACUGAGAUUUUUUAAUUGGAGAGAAACAAAGGUUUAUCAUUUUGUUAGUUAUGGCAGGGUUAGGGUUUCUUUUUUUAAUCAGACAAUGGUUGUUUUUUAGUGAAGAAAAAAAACUUGCCGAGCUGUCAGUUUCGGCUGUCACUUCAGCCUUCGUCUUAGCUGUCACUGUUUCCUUGUGACAUGUCUACAAAACAGCUGACUGGGUCAGGAAACCUUCAAAAUAAGACUACCUGACUUGGUCAAAGCUGCAAACAAACGCACCGCCGCCGUUGAUGGUGCCAUCUCCAACGAACGGGCUGCCACGCUCCCACACAACCGGGACGCAUUGCUUCGGUGGCUGCACAGGGUUGGAGCGCAGCUUCCCUAAUCAAAAAAAGUAAUCGCCUCAACAGUAAAAGUUAUCGCGAACACAACCCUUAGAUUACAGUAUGCUAGACUGUUAACAGAUUGGCGAUGACGCACACCAUGCUCAGCUCAAGGAAUUAAUCCACUCGUGCUCUAAAUGGUCGAUGUUGCGCUGGGAACCAGUCACACGCCUUGUUUGAGUGGGCAUGUACAGUACAGUACAGGCAUGCACAAAACCUCUGAGGCACGUCAGCUCUUUGUUUGGCAUGCAGGGAAACAUCUCUCGCGUAUCAACAUGAAACAACGCGUCUUUCCGCAAUAUGGGUUCUGAUAUGGCUGUAUUUUAAUUAAAAAAAAAAAACAUGAAACACUGAAGCCGCAAAACUUGAACCACGAAGUGGCGAGGGAUCACUGUCCAAUGAUUUGCAAAUCAUGUUCAGCCUAUAUUCAUUGAAUACAUUACAAAGGCAAGAUGUUUAAUAUUCAAACUGAUAAACCGUUUUUAGCAAAUCAUCAUGAACUAAGAAUUUUAAAUAUCGGUUGAACAUGAUUUGCUAAUUAUUAUAUUGUGGUUUUAUUUAUGUUUGACACUACAGUGAUCCCUUGCUAUUUCGCAGUUCGUUUAUCACAGCUUCGAUGCAUCGCGGAUUUUUUCAAACAUAUUCAUAAAAAAAAA